GGGUGGGGUUUCCCCGUUGACGAAGGCGUCGGCAGCGGCGUUGAGUUCUUUUCGGGCUCGGGGGAGGUUUUGGGGUCAUGGAGGGAACGCGCCAGGAGGAGCCGGAGGUGCGACGGCGCCGGGGCAAACGCCGUCGGCCGCUGGGCCGGAUCCUGGUGGCCGCCGCUGCCGCCGCUGCCGGGCUCGUUGCCGGUGCUGCCGCCGCCGCCGCCGUGCUGGCAGGCGGGGAUUUUGGCGCAGCGGCGGGGGCCGGGGGGUGCGGCUGCCCCCGGGGCUGGUUGGGCUUUGGGGGUCGCUGCUACCUCUUCUCCGAGGAGGAGGGGAACUGGAGCCGCGGGCUGGGGCGCUGCCGCGAUCUGGGGGGGUCCCUCACCUCCCUCGACACCCCUGAAGAGAAGGGGCUGCUGGCCCGGCACAAGGGGCUCCCCCACCACUGGGUCGGGCUCUGGAGGGACCCGCAGCACCGAUGGCGCUGGGCCAACGGCUCCCACUCCCAGCCGUGGUUCGCGGUUCGCGGCGGGGCCGACUGCGCCUACCUGGGGGACCGGGACGGGGCCGUGCAGACGGCGAGCUGCGCCUCCGAGAAGCACUGGAUCUGCGCCCGCGCGCCCGCCUGAGCCCGGCGCACCCGGGGGGCCUCACCCACCCCCCCCCACCCAGGGGUGCCCCUCACCCCCACCCGGGGGGGCCCCUCACCCCCACCCGGGGGGCCUCACUCACACCCCCCCCACCCAGGGGUGCCCCUCACCCCCACCCGGGGGG